ACAACGGGGACCCAUCCCAUCGGGAAUCUAGACUGACAACACCUACUGUCAGUGAAUCACCUUUCAGCCAUCCCACUUUUAUCCAAUCCACUCCCAACUGUCAGUUAACCAACCCCCCCACUCCUAACUUGGUACCUCUCCCCCACCCGCUCAACGCGGUCGGAGUUUCGCAUUCCGUUCGUUUUGCUACCAUUACACCAUUACCUUACACCAUGGCUAGUCCAAACAUCUUUGAAUACACCAUCCCUGAAUUGCUCGACUUAGAAACCGAUGAAGCUCUUCAAUUCAGUCAAUUCGACAAUGAGAUUGCCUGGAAACUCGGCUGCUUUGCCCGUAGACUCAGUCUUGAAAAAUUCCCAUCCAGUGCCGUUGUCAUCGACAUUGCGUUGGUCAACAAUCAAAUUUUAUUUCACGCAACCACCAAGUCUGGUACCACGUUGGAUAACGACCAAUGGGUCGAGAGAAAGAAGCGGACGGUGCAGCGCCUAGGUACUUCCAGCUUUGUGGUGGGCCAACACUUGAGACAAAAGAAGACGUCGAUGGAAGACGCCUUGUUCAUCUCAUCUAGGGACUAUGCUUCGCAUGGUGGAUGUGUUCCUAUCAAAGUAAAGGGUUUUGAUGGGUUGGUGGGAACCUUGACUAUCAGUGGGUUGCCUCAGGACCAAGAUCAUUUGUUGGCGUUGGAAACCUUGAGAGAGUUCAACAAGGGAGAUUAGACGAAACUGGGGUAGAUUAAAUAGAUUAGUACAAUCAUGUAACGCGAUAGCUAGAUGGUAGUAUAUUUAUGACAGGAAUGGUAGUGUAUUUAUGACAGGCAUGGCAGUAUAUUCAAAACGGUCAGAACACUGAUAAAUUACUAUCUAUCAGUUUGCUCUACGGACCAUUUGUAUACGAUUUCAGUGCUUUACAUGAGGACAACUUAGAGGCUCUCAUUGGUAUCUAGUUUCAUUAAUUCAUCCAUAUUCUUUCUAUAGGCGUUUAAUACUUGUAGGUUGUGUA